AAGCACCGGCAAGCCGGAUGGCAGUCGCGUCUCGACCGUCGUGCGUUUCGCUUCGUAAGGAUUAUUUUUCGCGUUUCCUACCCUUCUUUAUCGUUCCCAUAUAUCCUUACUUCUUAUAUCAGGACACAUUUAUAUAUAUAUAUACACACACAUAUAUACAUACAUAUAGAUAUAUUAUUCUACGGACACGUAUAUGCGCUCGUGUGCACGCAUACAAAAUUAUACGUACACGUACACGUACACGUACACGUACACGUACAUACACGACGAACACACACACAUCAUAUAUACAUACUAAAGAGAUUUUACGGUUUCGCCCUUCUCGACUAUUCUCUUCGCCGAUUAUUCCCCCAUACUCUUUCGCCGUCCUGCAAUUCCCGUUUCUACUGGAGCAACGGACAGAAAAGGAACGAACGGCUCUCGAAACGGAGACCGAACGACCGCGAUCAACGUGAACGAAGCGGUCUACUAAGGAAAACAGGGAGGAGAGCAAGGAAGAAAGCGAAUAAAAUGGUCUUAGUAUCGAGGCACGGCAUAUCCAGUUGAUGAGGAUUUACUUUAGGAGCAACGUAAUUCAUUUCUACAAAAGUGGAAAAAGUGGAAAAGAAAAAAAAAGCGAAAAGGAAAGGGAGGAAGCUAUUCGACACAAAGGCCGUUCAUCAGUACAUUAAUUUAAUAAAAAGGCUUGUAGGACAAACAUGGAUCCAUACUCAUUAAGGAAGAAUGGAUGAGAGGUGGUGGUGUUGGUCGCGGUGGCGUUGAUACGAGAGAUACAAGAUAUCAACGUGUUCGUGAAACUGCCAUCGGGGCUGUCGGCCGUAGUAUAAGAAGGGUCCAUGGAUGAGAAAGGAAGAUAAUAACGGUGCUAUCGCGACUCUCUACGCGAGUAAGAGCGUCGAUAAUAAUCGAUGAAUGCUACGGAAUGGCGUGCGACGAUAUGUAGUGUCGAACGUGAGGCAUCGAAGAACAUCGAGGAAAAUGAGAGAGAAUGCUUUAAAGAUGCAAUCGUGUCAAGUCGAAGCCUCAACAAGAAUUUCGUCGAAUCGACGAAUAUUAGAAGUGCUUUUCGCCAGAUCUCAGCGUGCUUCAUCGCGGCUUCUUUCCACAUAGUAGUUGGUCUCAGUAUGGCAUACUCGGCUAUCCUCGUACCGCAUCUCGAGGCUAAAGACGCGGAAAUACCAGCAACGAAGAAGGAGAGUGCUUGGAUAGCUAGCGUGGUGGUAUUGUUCGUACCAGUUGGUGCAGUUCUAAGUGGUUUUCUAAUGGAAACAAUUGGAAGGUUAAAGACAUUGCAGAUCGGUGCUAUCCCAUGCAUUGUAGGUUGGGCAUUGAUAGCUUCCUCGAGUAAUCUAUCAAUGCUUCUAGUCGGUCGACUAUUAUCAGGUAUAUCAUGUGCAAUGGGUAGCUCACCUGCAAUUGUCUAUAUAACGGAAGUCGCUAGACCAGACUUAAGAGGUUCGAUGAUAUCUUUCGGACCAACCCUCGCUUCCUUUGGUAUGCUUUUAUCGUAUUUGAAAGGUGCUUACAUACAUUGGCGUUUAGUAGCUUGGCUCAGCAUAAUUUAUGCUGUUGUACCAAUUAUCUUAAUACAAUUCUUCGUACCGGAGUCACCAGUCUGGCUAGUUUCGAAGGGACGAGUCGACGACGCGAGAAAAUCCCUAGAAUGGUUAUACAAAUCCGAUGAGAAACAAGGUACCGUUUCGCAGGCCGAAGCACAGUUCGCAAUGAUCAUGAAAGAAAAUGAAAUUAAACUGAGCGAACAACGAAGGAGCAAACAUGGCAACGCCUUUAAUAAAUUACGUGGUUUUCUCAAGCCUACCGGAUGGAAACCGAUGACGAUACUCUUUCUGUUCUUCAUGUUUCAACAAUUUUCUGGGAUUUAUAUAACCCUCUUUUAUGCUGUCACGUGGUUUCAAGACGUUGGCGCCGGCGUAGACGAAUACCUAUCAUCGAUCCUGGUGGGUCUAACCCGAUUUUUAUGCUCGAUGGUAAAUACUUGGCUACUUCGACGAUUCAAAAGAAGACCAUUAUGUAUACUUUCAUCGUUGGGAAUGGCAGCAUGUAUGAUUGUUUCCGGUUAUUUCACUUUACGUAUUCAUCAAGGUGAUCGAAGCGGUUACUGGGUACCAAUCGUCUGUCUUUUGCUUUAUGUUUGUACUUCUAUGGUUGGAAUGUUGACCAUACCAUGGACAAUGACGGCCGAGUUGUUCCCAACAGAGAUUCGAGGAAUUGCUCAUUCCAUUAGUUAUUCAAUGGCCAAUUUAAUUAUGUUCGCUGCACUUCAAAGUUACCGUAGUUUACAAGACUUUUUAGGAGGCUCUUAUGCCGGUCAAUGGUUCUUCGCUGGCGUUUCAUUGGCAUCUACAGUCUUCGUUUUAUUGAUGUUACCCGAGACACAUGGCAAAAAGUUGUCAGAGAUCGAAGAAUAUUUCCAAAAUCAUUUCUUAGCAAUCAGUUUUGGUAAAUCAAAAUCAACGAAGAAGCAUCGUACGCAGAAUAGAUCGCAACGAAGAAUGAACACGGCGGCUAGCGAACCACUUAAUCCGAAAACUGUACCGAACGUUUAAUUUAGUUUAGUUUAGUUUAGUUUGUCCUUAGUUUCGUCUUUCACCUUCCAUUCUUUUUCUUUUGUCUUAAAAUAACAAUAGACGUGUAGAUACGUAAGUAUGUAUGUAUUUAUAGGUAUAGACACAUACUUACGUAUCUCAUAUAAGUAUAUUGUAUAAUAAUAAUAAUAUUAAUAAUAUUAUUAUUAAUAAUAAUAGUAAUAAUAAUAAUAAUAAUAACAGUGAUUUAGGAAGAUGAAAAACAUUUAUGUUUGCCGUUUGUACAAAGGCGUCAAUACAAGCAGAAAAUAUUGUUUAAAUAUGUUCUUAGAAAGAAAUAUUAGAAUUUGGUUUAAAGCGUAUCAACGUAAUCGUCUGUUUAUAAGUUUUGUUUAUUACUUCAUAUGAAAGCCGAGAACGGUCGAAAAGACAAGCAGAAAAAGAAUGUCGAUGCUUUGAUUAUGACUGUGAAUCAUUAUUAGCAUUAUUCCUACUUUCAACGAUACAAUCUGUAAUGAUAAUAAUGAUGAUGAUGAUAAUAAUAAUAAUAAUAAUAAUAAUAAUAAUAAUAAUAAUAAUAAUAAUAAUAAUAAUAAUAAUAAUAAUAAUAAUAAUAAUAAAAAUCGAACAAUCUGUUAAUUAAAUUUUACGUAAUCGAUCUCAAAGAUGACCACGAAAGAUUAUAUUUAAAUCUAUAUAUGUUGACGAUAUGCUAUCAACUUUGUGCGAUAAUAACAAAAAUAGCCAAUAUAGACGUGAGAAAGUAAACAGAGAGAAAGAGAUGGAUUAAUGUGUAUGUAUGAGAACAAUAAAAAAAAAGAAAAGCCAGUAUUAGAGAAAAAGAAAUACAAGCUAACAUUAAAUUCUUGUAAUAAUGAUGGUAUUAUUAAAGAAUAUCAAUGUCUCUGUAAACAGUGCCUUAGUUCGUACCGAAAAUCGAACAUUUUCUAACAAAGUUAUAAUAUUACGUAUCGAUCUGAUUUAUGUAUUAUUCCUCUUUGUUAGUUUUGUAAUAAAUAAUAUUUAAUAUAACAACGAUUACGAUCUAAUAGUAAAAUGCAUGGCUACGACGUGUUACAAAUAUAAAAUAAUAUUACUUGAUAUUUCGAGUUACACUUUUCUUUUUCUUUUUUUAUUGGAUAUGAAUGUGAUAUAUACACGUAUGUUUGUAUACAUAUACAUUAUAUAUAUAUAUAUAUAUAUAUAUAUAUAUAUAUAUAUAUACACAUAAAUAUAUAUACAUAUACACGUUACGUAACAACAGUGCAUUGUUUUGUUCUUUUAUAAUAACGAACGCGAUAUAUACAUAUAUAUAUAAUAUGUUGUAUAUAUGUACACGAUAUAUAUAUAUAUACAAUAAUGUGUGUGUGUAUAUAUAUAUAUAUAAACAUGCUACAUGACAAUAGUACAUUGUUUAUUUUCUUUCUUUUAUAAUAACGAAUGCAAUCGUUAUUAAUAAUAAUGAUAAAGAUCCGAAUUUUUAAAUAGAGAAGGAAAAAAAUGUAUACUUAAAAAAUCGCAUUGUACUUAUCCAUCUUCUCUUUUUCUCAUUUCCCACCAUUUUGUAUGUUAAAAUUUUAUAUAUAUAUAUAUAUAUAUAUAUAUGUGUUAUCAUGCACAAACAAGAUGACAAGUUUGUGAGUACGUGCAAGUACCUAAUACGUAAAAUUUUAAUCGAAUAAUAAUGUUUAACAUUUACAUUUUAUUUCUAAUACUAUGUUUUUUUGUUACGAUUUUAAUAAUUUUAGAAUAUAAGGUUUCCUAACAAAUUAUUCGUACAUUAUAAUUUAAUUUCCGUAAAAUGAAAAGAAAAAGAAAUGUAAGAAGCAUGAUUCAAUAAAAAAAACUUUGCAAGUCAAAGUCCGAAAAUAUUUGGUCGCACAUCAGGUUCUCGCAUGCGCCUAUAGAGAUGUAGGAUAUAAUAUGAAUGUAAUAUUACAUAUUAAAACCAUUAAUAAAAUAUUCACGCAAUAAGAUAGA